AUUCUUUUGACUUUUAUCAGUCAUUUUCCUUACAGGUGUGGAGGAAGCAUUUUGUACAUCAUCCAAGGUGAUGACAGUCUCAGUUCACAAACAUUCCCCGGGAUUCUUCCCAGGAUCUGGAGGGUUAAAUGACACUGGAGUGGGUAAAGGGAAGGGAUUCACUGUUAACAUUCCACUACUGGAUGGCGUGAGAGAUGAGGAGUUUGUUCCCUUGGUCUGCAGAGUCCUCCACAAGGUCCAUGAAGUGUUUGUACCCCAGGCCGUGGUGUGUCAGUGUGGGGCUGACGGACUCAGUGGUGACCCUAUGGACUCCUUUAAUCUCACUCACACGGCGUACGGUCGAUGUUUACAGUUCCUUCUACAGUGGAAGCUGCCUACACUGGUGUUAGGAGGAGGAGGUUACCACAAUGCUAACACAGCCAGAUGUUGGGCCCAUCUAACUGCAGUCAUUUGUGGGCGGAAACUUCCUCAUGAAAUCCCAGAUCAUAAAUACUUUAUGGCAUAUGGUCCGGAUUAUGAACUACCCAUAUCCCCUGGAAACAGAAAGAAUAUGAACACUAAAGAAUCUCUACAAAAAAUAUACAACACUGUUUUAAAAAAUCUAAAACAGCUGAAAGGCUCCUGAUAUUUGCGGGGAUAUAAUUCGUUAGUGUGAUUCAGGAAAAAAAAAGUCAUUUCUGUUUGAUAGAAACUAGCUUUGAUGUGAUAUAUGAUGUGAUCAUAAGAAAUAUUUAUGUCAAAUUUUUAUUGUACAAUGUGGAUAGUAUACGAAAGAAACAGAUCUGUGAAUUGGGAAUAUGUUCAUUCAUGUUAACAAUGUUGUUGGUAUCUUACAUUAAAUGUAAUGUUAUAUUUUG